GGCAGCCCGCAAAAAGGGGCAGCGGCUCAUUGAGUGGCUCAGUUGCAAAGCGGUGCGGCGGCGGCCGGCGGGCACCUUGGGAUUGGCUUGCUGCUUCCCCCCCAGCUGCUGGAUCUUACGCCCUUUUAACUCUCUAAGCACCUCUGUUAAGGCCACCGGCAGACCAUGCCCUCUCUAUGACGGUUACUUGUUAAGCUAACUCUGCAUGCCAGAAGACUGUCCUUGGUUGAUCCAAGGGCUUUUGGGGACUCCGGCCUCUCCCCAGUUUUUCUGUGUGUGUGUGUUCCUCUAGAACUUUCAAAACUGUUUCUCCAAAGGGUUUUGCAGAAACUUAGACUGUUUUCUAAAGCAGAAGCACCUCAGUCCACAGCAGUAGUGAUGGGCAGCGUGCGAACCAACCGCUACAGCAUCGUGUCUUCGGAGGAGGACGGCAUGAAGCUGGCAACCAUGGCCGUUGCCAACGGCUUUGGGAAUGGAAAAAGUAAGGUACACACCAGACAGCAAUGCAGGAGCCGCUUUGUCAAAAAAGACGGCCACUGCAACGUCCAGUUUAUUAACGUGGGCGAGAAGGGACAGCGAUACCUGGCAGACAUCUUCACCACCUGCGUGGACAUCCGCUGGAGGUGGAUGCUAGUUAUCUUCUGCCUGACUUUCAUCCUCUCCUGGCUUUUUUUUGGCUGUGUGUUUUGGUUGAUCGCGCUGUUGCAUGGGGAUCUGGAGAAUCAAGAAAAUAACAAACCUUGUGUCUCUCAAGUGAGCAGCUUCACUGCAGCCUUUCUGUUCUCCAUUGAGACCCAGACCACAAUCGGCUAUGGCUUCAGGUGCGUCACAGACGAGUGCCCCAUUGCAGUUUUCAUGGUGGUUUUCCAGUCUAUAGUAGGCUGCAUCAUUGACGCCUUCAUCAUUGGUGCUGUCAUGGCAAAGAUGGCUAAGCCAAAAAAGAGAAACGAAACUCUAGUCUUCAGCCACAAUGCCGUGGUGGCCAUGAGAGAUGGGAAACUGUGCCUGAUGUGGCGCGUCGGGAACCUGAGGAAAAGCCACUUGGUGGAGGCACAUGUGCGAGCACAGCUCCUCAAAUCCAGGAUCACGUCGGAAGGGGAGUACAUCCCUUUGGAUCAAAUAGACAUCAACGUAGGGUUUGACAGUGGGAUAGACCGCAUAUUCCUGGUCUCCCCGAUUACAAUAGUACAUGAAAUAGAUGAAGACAGUCCUUUGUAUGACUUGAGCAAACAAGACAUGGACAAUGCUGACUUUGAAAUUGUAGUAAUUUUAGAGGGCAUGGUGGAAGCUACUGCCAUGACGACCCAGUGCCGUAGCUCAUAUCUGGCAAACGAAAUCCUCUGGGGCCACCGCUAUGAGCCCGUACUCUUUGAAGAGAAAAACUACUACAAAGUGGAUUACUCGAGGUUCCACAAAACAUACGAAGUGCCCAACACACCCAUCUGCAGUGCCAGAGACUUAGCAGAAAAGAAAUACAUUCUCUCGAACGCAAACUCCUUUUGCUACGAGAACGAAGUAGCCCUCACCAGCAAAGAGGAGGAGGAGAUUGACACUGGGGUGCCUGAGAGCAUGAGCACAGACACCCACCCUGACAUGGACCACCACAACCAAGCAGGGGUGCCUCUAGAGCCACGGCCGCUACGGCGGGAGUCGGAAAUAUGACUGACAAACUCUUCCUCUCUCUUUCGGUUGAAAGGAAAAAUAAAAAAUCUAUUGGUCAAAGGCACGUUGACCUGAGAAGUUGGCCCAGAACAGUCUUCAGACAACGGUACUGUUGAAGAGUGGUGUGAAGGCAAGCAGACCUGAGAAACCCCGGCUGGUUUUAGGGCUGUCCUCGUGGGAGGGACAACAGAAAAUGAACUCUAAACACAAAGCACUAAACAUGUCUAAGUAUGAACAGAAGGCACAUAUGUUGUAGAAUAAAUUAUGUAUAUAUUUUUUUACAAAACUUGAACUUGCAGGCAAGCUUUGGUUGGGUUAUUAUUAUUUUUUUUCAACUUUUUCCAGAAUGCUUCUCUCUAGGGAACAAGAAUGUUUUUAAUGGCAUAACAAAGGCAAGAAUCUGCCUUAUUAUUAUUAUUAUAAUUAUUUUUUAAAAAAGCUGCUGCUAACUACAUGAACACAAAUGGUUAUUUUUGUUGCAGUGUAGUUUUUAUUUUCUCUUGUGUAAUUUAAAAAGAAAAAAGUCAGUGUUGAACUUUCGGGGUUGAAAAGCUCGUGAUCACUACAGAGAGGCCAACGUUGCCAGAAAGUCUAAACUCCUGUUGAGGCCAGUAGUUUGAUAGCUAGAAUCAAUUUCUCUCUUUCCAAUUACAUAAGGGGCAUUAUGUAAUAUCAGGCCAAUCAGUAGCCUCCAGCAAAAUUAAGGUUUUUGGGGGGAGAAUUUAAUUCUCUGUCCAAAAGAAAAAUGAAAUAUAUAUAUACAUAGAAAAAGUACUAAGUUAAAACUACCUAAGUGGAUACCAAAGAAAAUGCACAGUUUUGCACAGUGGAGUUUAUUUAAGAAAAAAAAAAAAAAAAAAAGGAAAAAAAAAAGAAACAGGCUGCUUUAAACAAACAAAAAAUUCAAACCUCAGACACUUUUUUCCUUUUGAUUUUUGUUUUUAUUUUUAAGACCUUUAUUUUGCACCUUAUUCUAAAAGCUUAAGACUCGGAUCUAAAGUGAGGUAGGGAUCUCCCCCGCCCACCUUCCCUUCUAUGGGGAAAUAGAUUCCCUUCCUUGCUGGUAAGGAGAAGCACAGCUGGGGGAAGGCAAACGAGCAAACAUCUGUCCUCCCCGGUCACUCGCCGAGCCGGGCUGCAGCAGAAGGUCGAGUGUUAGUGCACACAUUCCCAAACCGGCGCUAGACCUCAGCGCCCUGAAAACUGAGCCACCGCCGUGCUGCAGGCGUGGGACCCCCACGUUACCAGGCAGACUCUGCCAGGGACAGGGAAGCUGCUGAGCUGUGCCAGGGCAAAGCACUGCUGGUGCAGGCGUUUGGGCGCAGAUGAGCUGAGCCAUGUAUAAAUCCCCAGGAAGAGGUUUGGGAGAGGGUAAUGGAGAGGAAGAAAGGCUUUUGUAACACAGCUCUUGGGGACGGCACAGGGAUGGUAGCGUUUUGUGAAAAUGCUUCUCUUCAGCAGGGCAAGGGUGUCAGGAAAAAGUGUGUUUUCCAGCUCAUUUGGAGAGGGUUUAUUCGGGAGGAUGAGGCUGUAAGGCAAGCUCCUUCUUCUGCCUCCUUGUCCCCACAAACAUCAACAUCAGCGAUCAGUGGACGAGAGACGUGGCCGAGCUCUGAGCAGGUUUUGUGACCUCCUGCGAUGCUCUGGCCCUGGCUCCUUCGUCCAGAAGGCUUUAAAUUCUAUGUGCCUCUAAGAUCAAGGAUGCAACCAAACUGCACGUCACGCCUGCUGGCUGGUAGCUCCUCCGAGGAGCAGGUGGAGAGGGGAGGCGGUGGGGACAGCAACCCUAGUCCACUUUUACAGUAUUGGAUCACUGUAUGCCAUUAAAAAACAGCUUGUUCUAGGUCUAAUGUCUUCUGCAAACAGAUAUCUGUGAAGGCCGCUGGCCCCUUCCAGCCCUGCCUGAAAGAAAUGCCUGCAAUGAAAUGGUGUCUGAUAAGAUGGUAUCUGCAGUGGGUGGGUUCAAAACUGUGGAAAUUUGACGUUGUAAAUGUAGAUUUGGCUACUAGAGAGGGCAGAUGAUUAAGUGCAAGUACAAGGCUAUUACUGGGGUGGGGGGGAGGUAAAAAAGAGGAAAGCUGAACACGCAAGGCGACUCGAUUGCAGUUUCUGGGUCAACAGUAGUGAAGACAACUGAGUGCUGCUAGUGCUGCUAUUGUGAUAUACUUGUACAAGGAAAAUACCUAAACCAAAGAGUAUUCAGAGAAACGGAGAGCGCAUGAAAAUGCAAAGGGGAAGGGAUGGAAAUGGGACGCCGGCUGGGAGAAAGGGGACCUCAUCUCCGGGUUGGUGUGCCCCAGGUGCACAGAGCUCCCACUAGGUGAUGAUACUUGAGAUGUUUGAGGGAGGGAUAAGAGAAGGGGGAAAGGGGAACGCAGGACUUCAGCUUGUUUCUUUAAAGUAAAAGGAAUCAGAGAAAAUUUAAAAAAAAAAAAAAAAAAAAGGAAAGAUCCCCUCCCCUUAAUAUUUCUGGUGCAGAGGUUUGGGGUUUUGUUUUUUUUUUGUUUUGUUUUUGUUUUGUUUUGUUUUUCAAGUCAGUUUUUCAGAAAUAUUUUUAAAAUGUACAUUUUAUAAAGUUUAUCAAGUAUUUUCAUAUUUAAAGCCAAAUGUAAAUAGAAGUCUGUAAAGGAGGACAAGGAGAAGAAGAAAAAGAAAAGGCCACAAAAAGUAUAAAUUCCGCUCGGCAGUCUCGGCUAGCUAGUACCUAGAUGCUACCGGUUAGCAUGAUUUUUAGCAAAUACUUGCAAGCCUUAUAGGAUUCCUAAUGCUAUGAACUUCUCUUUAUUUAUUUUUACGCAUGGACUUUUAAUUUGAAAACAUGUUCUAGUUACUGGCAUUUUUAAAACUUACCAGCUUUCCGAGUGCUAGUCUUGUCGAGGGUGCGCAUCGAGGUAAUCCAUUACGCUCUCUGCCACAUUCUUUUUUUUUAUUAUUUUUUUUUAAUAACCCUUUGUCUUUGCCGAUGGACUCCGACAUUGCAGAAUUGCACUCAGCCUCUGGCUCUGGGAAGCUGCUAGAAAGAGACCUGCAAUGUGCACACCAUGGUACCCUUCCCCUCGUCCAUCAUGUCUGUAUUUCCGAACAUGCCUUGGUAAGCCCAGUACAGGACAGGCAGUUGUAGCGCACUUGUCCAGCAGCAAAUUGGGUUGGUCAUUUUUUUCAAAUGUUAUUUUUAAGGAGUACAGAGUGACUGACAGCGUUUGGUCUGUUCGUGAUGAUCCUGGGCCACGCUGAUGUUUAAUUAGGAACCCUUUAAACUGACUGAGCUCUACCCACAGGCUGCUGCAGGCUUUGGCUUGGCCUCUUUAUCAAGGAUAAAGUCGGCUCACCUGGCUCGCACAGAAGGUUUAUACUGUAUUUUGCCUAGGGUCUGGGGGGAAUAUGUUAUUUCUGCCCUUCCCUGAAAAUACUUGAAUGAGACACUUGUUGUCUGAAACAUACUGCGUACAGUGA